ACAGUGGAGUGUUACAACCCAAGGAUGAACGAAUGGAGCUAUGUGGCCAAGAUGAAUGAGCCCCACUAUGGCCAUGCUGGUACCGUGUAUGGAGGGAUGAUGUAUAUUUCAGGAGGAAUCACUCAUGACACUUUCCAAAAAGAGCUCAUGUGCUUUGACCCAGACACAGACAAGUGGACACAGAAAGCUCCCAUGACCACAGUCAGAGGCCUGCACUGCAUGUGCACCGUUGGAGAAAAGCUUUACGUGAUUGGUGGAAACCACUUUAGAGGAACCAGUGAUUAUGAUGAUGUUCUCAGCUGUGAAUACUACUCACCAGCACUCGAUCAGUGGACUCCAAUUGCUGCUAUGUUAAGAGGGCAGAGUGAUGUUGGGGUUGCUGUGUUUGAAAAUAAAAUCUAUGUGGUGGGUGGGUACUCUUGGAACAACCGCUGUAUGGUAGAGAUAGUCCAGAAAUAUGAUCCAGAAAAGGAUGAGUGGCACAAAGUUUUUGAUCUCCCUGAGUCUCUUGGUGGUAUCCGGGCUUGCACUCUCACUGUUUUUCCUCCUGAAGACAACGCAGGGUCCCCUUCUCGAGAGUCGCCUCUAUCAGCCCCUUAAAAGCCACCCUGCGGGCUUGUGGGCUGCUGUCCUCUCUGGAUCUGGGUCUGGGUCUGGGGAUGCUUGUCCUUCUUGUUGCUUUUGUUGUUCUUUAGUAGUACCCUGUUAGGGCUAGCCUCCAACAGUUGGUCCCAUGACUGGCAAACAACCAGGCCAGCAUUGAUGUUACUUGUGAUAUUUGUUUAUUGUAGAAUGUCUAUCUGUGGUUAACAAAAGCAUCCUGAACAUGUAUUCAUCAGAGCCAAAUGUUUAACCAAUGAAAAAGCAAGGUGUUGUCUUUCAACUGUUUGGCUUCUGUGGAUCCCUACUUUGUCCAUCGGUGGGGUGGGAGGGAAGUGUGGCUCAGCUUUUGGGAGGAAGCUCAACCAGUCACCUUGGCAGUGGGAUGUCGUUGCUCAUUUGUAACCACGUUUUCUGUGCUUUAAGAUGGAAAGGUAUUUGCUUCUGGUUUUUUGAA